AUGCAGCAAAGGCGUUCGAGUGUUCAGACGACACCGCGCUCUGGUUUCCAGAAAGUCUCCCCAAAGCUCGAAUCGCCGAGCAUUGGGGCGCCGGGAGAUGCCAAGCGCAGUGCGGGUAAAGCGCCAGGGACAAGCACCGAUGACUCCUCUUUUGCUGGCGACGCUGGCAAUGCUGGCGAUGCGCGAUCGAAUGCGCGGAAGCGCGCAGUAGGCAAAGGGGAGAAGGAAAGCAAGACGGGCCGCCGAAAGAUCAAAAUAGAGUUUAUCGAUGACGACUCGCGCCGUCAUAUCACGUUCAGCAAACGCAAAGCAGGCAUUAUGAAAAAGGCCUACGAGCUGGCAACAUUGACCGGUACACAGAUACUUCUCCUGGUUGUAUCGCAGACCGGGCUUGUCUAUACGUUUACCACGCCCAAACUUGAGGCAAUCGUAAAACAACCCGAAGGGCGGAAUCUUAUUCAGGAAUGCCUCAAUGCACCCGACCCCAGCGAAGGCACGAAUGGGUCGGCGCAGAACGCACCCGGCGAAAUGUACAAAGAGGAGUACAACGAUAUUGUCGUUCAAGAGGAGGACGGCGAUGACGAGGAGGACGAUGACGAGGAGGGCGCCGAGUUUGGCCGCGCCGACGCUGGGCUGACGGCGCAGACGUUUGGGGCGAAUCCCAUCGAUGUAGCGUCGUUUGCGCAUGCGGGCAGCCCGCAACUGUUCCAUCCUGCCUGGGUACAGAUGAAUAACCCCGCGCAGGAUUCGCACGCGGGACAACAAAUCAAGCGGCGCCGCACGCAGCCAAACCUUUCGCCCAUGGCCCUGCAUUCCAUGCCCGGCUCCGAGAUGCACAAUCAGCUCUAUCCGAACCCUGGCGUUUCGCAGUUGCCCAAUGAGCAGCACCUCAUGCACAACGCGCUUCCCAUGUACUACAGCAGCAUGCUCGGCGCGAAUACGCCAGCGACAAGUACUGCUGCGCACGACGCCAUAGGCAUUCCGCAAUCACAUGCAUCGAAUUUGCCGCAUGGUAUGCACCAUAUGGCGUCUGUCUUGUCGGAGCAGCCGAACAAUGCGGCGCACAAGCAUUGA